UAAUUCGUUUUUAGUUCUCUUCGUUCUUGUUAUAAUGUGAUCUUGUCUGCAUGCAGUGAUAGGCAGAGAAUUAAGAAUCACUGCAAUAAAGAAUAUCUUCGUGUUCGAGGUAUCGCAAAUUUGUACAGCUGCUAAAGUCGUAUAAUUAUUCUGCUUAAAAUCAAGAUGCAGUGUUUAUUGAUAAUGACUGGACAAAUUUUUCCGUGUUGGUAAGACUUUGGCAAGUGAAAACAGUUUGAGUGAGUUGGUUAUGGAACUGUGUGUUUUAUUUCGAUUUAUUUUGAACAUUCUUUACGGGAUAAUCCUACAAAGUGCUCCGCUUCUAGCGAGACAAGACACAUGGAAUAUUGAUUUCAACACAGUGAGUGAUCCCCUAUCAGACUCCUUCCGGGAUGGAGCUAAUGAUACACGAGCAGCAGCAUCUCCGCCUCUCUUGAUAUUACUGGUAUUUUCGCCGGUCGAUGCCGCACACGAGCGAGCCGCCAUCCGCGCGACAUGGGGCCAGAGCGCCGCGGCGUGUAAUAUAAAGAUAAUAUUUCCCUUUCUACCUAAUUAUAAACUCAAAUCCAGGAAUCAGAUUGUGGAGCGGGAAGCGCGCACUCACGGUGAUGUCUUCCGGUCUCCAAAGGGCCCUGACAAUUACUACAAUGAUUACGAAUUAGUGCGAACCGCAUUGUCAUGGGCGGCUGCCAGCUACCCUGACACGCCCUUCAUCGGUCGCGCCACCGAUGAUGUUUGGAUAGCCUGGCCCAAAGUACUGCGCCAGCUGCAGCAGCAGCGUCGGGAUAAUGAAUUUAUAAUGGGACAUUUUAUGCAUGAACAGUCGGUGGGGGCUAAAGAUUUGCUCGAGAGUUUUUUUCGUCUACCCGCAUCCGCAGAGGAUGCGUUUGCUGUACCUCAUUUGUGGAUCUUACCAUCUGCUUCGAUAGAAAAACUGUUACAGGCGGUGAAGUAUUCCAAACGGUCAUUGUCCACUUCGGAUAUGCUGAUAACGGGAUACGCUAGGAAUUUUCGUAAGAUGAAAAUCGUACAAAUUGAUGACUAUAUUAACAUGUGGGAUUUGGCUCCGGAUGAGGCUGAGAGCUUUCUGACAUGCAAUUAUUCGGUCAUACACGGCGUUUAUUCGGAGCAGAAGAUGAAUUUUCAUAACCUUCCGUGUUCAGUUGCGGAUGCAUGUUAAAAUUGACUGCGAUUAUGUAUGUGUACUUUUAUAUCUAUACUUCUAUGUACAGAAUUUUCCAGGAGUUUAAAGCUCGAGUUGCAGUGAUGCAGGCAUGCAUUAUCCAUGGAAAUUUUUUUUUUAAGUGUACAGAGACAUACAUAGAUGUAUUGUAGUGCCAGCAUUCUGUAGCAAAUUUUUGUACAAUACCUGUAGGAGACAUAUUAUUAUGACAAAGUAACAUCCUCUGACUAAGACAGUUCUUACAAGUCGAACGUGAAAUAUACAGAUUAAAUUUUGAUAAUUCUCUGGUAUCACAGUCACCUGGUUAUCACAAAUAACCGUAUCUGUUAAAUUAAAACAAUGCAAUGUUAACUGGAUAUGAUGAGCAAACGUGUUCAUGAUUUCCCAUAUGGCCUCAAGUGAUAAAUCAAAUAUUCCAGAAGAUACAGAUCCUUGACAUAGUGGAACGAUAUCGCAG